AUGAUCUAUAAUCAAGACGACAUCAAUGGUGUGGACAAACUGACACACCUGCGACGAGCACUCACAGGGCCAGCCUUCGAGAAAUUGAAGAUACUUCCCAUCACACGAGAGAACUACGCAGAGAGUUGGAGAUUAUUGGAGCAUGCCUAUUCAAACACACGUAUCAUUGCAUCAAGACACUUGAACCUUUUAUUAAGUCUACCAGCACAGGACAGCGAAACCCCAGGUGGUUUAAUUAAAUUAAUAGCUGACAUACGUCAACAUUUGGCCGCCCUUAAAUCAUUGAACAUACAGCUCUCCGAAGAAAUAAUCGUGACUAUACUGGAACGAAACAUUCACGAAUCCACUGGAGACAAAUGGAACAACAUCAUCAAAAGAGGCAUAUUCCCGAAGCUAGACGACAUGCUCGAAUUCCUUACAACUCGAGCAUCCAGACUCAUUAAUAGGACCAACGACAAGCCUCUCCAUAUCGCCAGCUCUCGAGAAACGGCGAAGAAGCUGUACAAAAGAACACAUGACCAGGCCUUUUUAAGCCACGCGGAGCGAAAGUGUCCGACAUGUGGCUAUGAGCACCACCCUCUGUUUCGAUGCGAAAAAUUCAAAUGCUUAUCACCAGCAAAACGGCUAAAAAUCACCAGAGAAGGGAAAAUGUGGUUCAACUGCUUGCGGGACAAUCAUGGAGUAAAUGGUUGCUACUCUCGGAGCAACUGUUGGACCUAUAAGGACUGUCACAACACACUGUUACAUCAAGCCAUUGCUCAAGACAGGUCACAAGAGGCCAACCAAGAGACCACAAGGGGCAAUCAAAGAGGAGCAUGA